GGGCCGAGGCGGGGGGUCACGUGACGGGCGGGGGAAGGCGUUCGGAGCCCAACUGCAGCGGCGCCUGCAACGGCUGCAGCGGCGCCUGCAACGGCUGCAGCGGCGCCUGCAACGGCUGCAGCGGCGCCUGCAACGGCUGCAGCGGCGCCUGCAACGGCUGCAGCGGCUGCAGCAGGCCGGGGGCAUGGCCGAGGCCCUGAGACCCCCGCGCCGGCCCAAGACCAAGACCAAGGCCAAGCCCAGCCCCACUAAGAGCAAGGAAAAGAAGAAACAUAGCAAGGAAGAUCCCGAUGAAAUUUUCCUUCCUGAAACUUCAAAACACCGGGAGACGCCUUCUCUGGCUAGCGAAGAUCAAGCGGAACAUCGUCAAGAGGUCAUCGUCCCACAGUCCCAGGGGGCAACCGAUGCCCCAGACGCAAAUGAACUGUACGACGUGCCGCUGACUUCUUUGACUUUAGAUGGCGAAGAACUCCCGACAUGCAGCCCAGAGACGAUAACUUCAGGGGAAGAAGUUGAGGUCCGUCAUCCGUACGAAGACGUAGAGCUGAAGGAUAUCCCCAGGGAAGAGAUCCGGGCCCAGGUAGACACCCCCCAGGGCCUUAUGCUUGAAAUAGCCGAGCGUGGACUUUCUGAAAGCACCUUUGAAUCCGGCUCUUCUUGCCCCGGGCAGGUAGCCCAAGUUUGCCAGGGUAGCGUAAAUAUCAAGCCAUGCGCCGGCCCGCCCUCAGCCACGGAGAGACAGGUCGGCUCUCAGAGCGGUCCCGUUGCCAGAGAAGGGGUUCGGCCACCCACAUUUCGAAAGCUGUACCCAGAGUUGCCGGCCACAUUUUCCGGAGAGAGGCCAGACCUGGUGGCAGUGAAACCCGUCCUGUGCAGUGAGAGACUGUAUCCGGUACUCCCCGGCUACCCCGACCUCGUGCCCUUCACCAAGGAAGAGUUAAAGAUCUUCGAGCCGGGCUCGUGGCUGGAAAAUGUCGAGUCGUACUUGGAAGAGUUCGACAGCGUGGCCCACCAGGACCGACACGAGUUCUACGAGUUGCUGUUGAACUAUUUGCGAUGCCGGAAAAGGCUGCUGCUGGCCGAAGCGGAACUGCUCACCUUAACGUCCGACUGCCAAAAUAUCAAAAGCCGACUGUGGCGCUUCAAGGAGGAACAGUUGACCGUGCAGGGUGUUUGUGCAGAUCAGGUGAAAGUCACCGGAUAUCACCGUUUCCAAACAGUAGAGAUGAAUGAAAAUGCACUGGCAGAACUAAAGAAGUCAUUUGAGGCCAAAUCCGAGCAUCUACAUCAGACCUUAUCCCUGCAUUCCUAUACUUCCGUGUUGUCCCGCCUGCAGGUUGAGUCUUACAUGUAUGGAUUGCUCAAUAGUUCAGCCGUUCUGAGAGCUUUAGCAGUUCAUCAGCAAGGUCAAGCUUCUAAACAGACAGAAAGCCUACCCUCAGAUUUGUGUCAGCUGAAAGAGUGCAUCAGUGUUCUGUUCACGUUCACCCGGAGGGUUAUAGAAGAUGUUCAAUUCCAGGAGGAUCUUCUUCUCUGGCUGCAGAAAUUGAUCUCAGUGUUACAAAGAGCCGGCUGCCCUGGAGAUCACCUCUUCCUUUUGAACCACAUCCUUCGCUGUCCGGCUGGUAUCAGUAAAUGGGCCAUUCCAUUCAUUCAGAUCAAAGUCUUGGAUAACCCAUCAGGCGUCUUUCACUUUAUGCAGUCUCUUGCCUUGCUUAUGUCUCCUGUCAAAAAUCGAGCAGAGUUUAUGUGCCACAUGAAACCAAAUGAAAGAGUGUCUUCGUCAUCUGGGCCUGACUCUGGAAACUGGACAUUAGUAGAUGAAGGAGGAGAAGAGGAUGAAGAUCCUGAGACAAGCUGGAUGCUCCUAAGUGAAGAUGAUUUGGUUGUCCUUUUGUCCCAAUUUCCGUUCCACGAACUCUUUCAGCAUUUUCUUGGGAUUAAAGCGAAAGGUGAUUAUGUGCCUGAAGCAACAAGACCUCAAGAAAUGAUGAAAAUUUUUGCCUUUGCUAACUCAUUGGUGGAACUUCUGGCGGUGGGCCUAGAAACCUUUAAUAGAGCUCGCUACAGGCAGUUUGUGAAACGAAUCGGCCAUAUGAUCAGGAUGACGCUUUGUUACGUGAGUGACCACUGGGCACAGUAUGUUAGCCACAACCAAGGCUAUGGGGCCAUUAUGCAGCCUUAUUCAGUGGAGAAGCUGCAGGUUGAAUUUGACGAACUUUUUCUCAGGGCUGUCCUGCAAGUCUUCAAAGCUAAGAGGCUGGGCAUCUGGCUAUUUAUGUCAGAGAUGCCCUAUGGCACUUUAUCUACCCAGAUGCUUUGGAAACUCUUUUUCGUCAUGCACUGUGCCGAGAGUGAGAACCUGGAGGAGCUCUGCACCACCGUUUCACCUGCUGAAUGCAAGCAGCGACUCCAAGACCCAGAUCAUCUCAUGAGUUUGGAGAAGUCUCUUUCCGCUAUGAACAGCUCUGAAGAAAUUUGUCUGCUCACUACAUUUGCCCAGAUGGCACAAGCCAGAAAGACCAACGUGGAUGAGGAUUUCAUCAAAGUAAUCGUGUUGGAGAUAUAUGAGGUGUCUUAUGUUGGCCUUUCCACCAGAGAGGCCUUUUCCAAGAUUGGUCGGGAACUCUUAGGAUCCAUCACUGCUGUUCAUCCCGAGAUCAUUUCCGUUCUUUUGGAAAGAGUUAGAGAUACCAUUGACCAAGUUGGGGUGGUUUCCUUAUACCUGUUUAAAGAACUCCCACUUUAUCUGUGGCGACCGUCUUCCUCAGAGAUAACAGUGAUUCGGGACUGGUUAUUGAAUUACCCCCUGACAACGGUGAAGAAUAAAUUGGCAUGUGUCAUCCUAGAAGGACUCAACUGGGGAUUUGGUGAACAGGAUGCCCUUCAUCUGAAUCAAGCCGUCCAUUCUGAAGUGGCGCUAAUGGUUCUUGAAGCCUACCAAAAGUACCUCUCUCAAAAGCCGUAUGCCGGCCUACUUUCCGAAAGUAUUAAACAGGUCUCGUACUUGGCCAGCAUUGUGCGAUACGGAGAGACGCCCGAGACCUCUUUCAACCAGUGGGCCUGGAGCCUGAUUCUGAGGUUAAAGCUGCAUAAAAAGGAUUAUGGGAUGCAGCAGAAUUGCCCAACCGUCCCCUUCUCCAGCGCCGUGCCCGACAUGUCGGAGUCACCCUUGUUCCAUCCUCUCCUGAAGGCUGUCAAAUCUGGCCUGCCCAUUGGCUGCUAUCUGGCUCUCUCAAUGACCACCGUGGGACAUAGCAUUGAAAAGUUCUGUGCCGAAGGCAUCCCGCUGUUGGGGAUUCUGGUCCAAUCUAGGCAUCUGAGAACAGUCGUCCACACCCUGGAUAAAAUUCUGCCUUUGUUCUACUCUUGCCAGUAUUACUUGUUGAAGAACGAACUGUUUUUAUCAUUCCUCCAGCUGUUCCUGCACCUGGAUAGUGGAGUUCCUCAGGGGGUGACACAACAAGUCACGCACAAAGUGGCCCAGCACUUAACAGGAGCCAGUUACGGGGAAAACGUGAAAUUGCUCAACAGCAUGAUCCAGAAUCACAUUGCCACAAGCACUCAGCCCAAUGAAGUGGGCCCCGUGGCUGUGCUGGAGUUCUGGGUCCAAGCCCUUAUGAGUCAGCAAUUGUGGCACCGAGAGCAGCCCGUCCUUUUCCUGAUGGAUCACCUGUGCCAGGCAGCUUUCAGAUAUAUGCAAGAGGAUUGUGUGCAGAAAAUACUUUACCAGCAACACAAGAACGCUUUAGGUUUUCAUUGUGAUCGGAGCCUUCUCUCUUCCCUGGUGAGCUGGAUCGUGGCGGGCAACGUGACUCCAUCUUUUGUGGAGGGUGCCUCCACUCCAACCCAGGUUUGGUUCGCCUGGACUGUGCUCAACAUGGAGUCCAUCUUCGAAGAGGAUUCCCAGCUUCGUAGAGUUGUAGAAGGGGAAUUGGUGAUCAACCCCUCUUUUACUCCCGAUCAGGCUCUUAAGAAAGCCCAGGCUCAGUUGAAGCUGCCCAUCAUUCCAUCCCUCCAGAGGCUUUUGAUUUAUCGCUGGGCUCAUCAGGCUCUCGUCACGCCUUCUGAUCACCCUCUCCUACCUCUCGUUUGGCAAAAAUUCUUUCUCCUUUACCUUCACCGACCGGGACCUCAGUAUGGGUUGCCGGUGGACGGCUGCAUCGGAAGGAGGUUUUUUCAAAGCCCGGCCCACGUCAGUCUACUGAAGGAAAUGAAAAGACGCCUGAUGGAGGUAGCCGACUUCCAUCACGCGGCUAGUAAAGCCCUUCGAGCCCAAGCUCCGGCAGAGGUCAGCGAAGACCCCGACAAGGCCACCUGUCCUCCGUCGGAGUCUCUGACUUCCCCCGAGCUGCACAAAGAACUCGUGAGGCUGUUCAAUGUAUUUAUCCUGUGGCUGGAAGAUGAGAAUUUUCAGAAAGGAGAUACCUAUAUCCCUUCUCUGCCAAAGCAAUAUGACACCCACAGGCUAGCAAAGAUCAUGCAAAAUCAGCAGGAUUUGUGGAUGGAGUACUUGAACAUGGAACGCGUACAUCAUGAGUUUCAGGAAACCAUCAAUCUCUGGAUUCAAGUGAAACUUGAAACCCAUACAGCGGCCAGCCCUUUGUCAGUCCUGGUGAAUUUUACGGAUCCCUUGUCAGUAUUUUUAUAUCCUAAAGAGCCAGUAACAGAACAGGUUUUAGUCUCGACUUUCCGACGGGAAAAUCAUAAAGGAGGCAAUAUAGCAAUCGCCAAGGAAAGGAUCUUGAGUAAUUUGAAGAAGCAUGAGACUCCUUGCCCUCCCCUUCUUCUGCAAAGCAUGAAGGCUCCAGUCCCAGUCAUCUCCUCAGCCAGUCUGCUAAACCAGAGAGAAGCCACACAACUCAUGCACAUGGACCUGAAUGUCUUACAACAACAUGCCAGAAUGGCAGCUCUGCGGGAGUCCCAGCAAGUCGCUCUGGACGGCGAACUGUUGGACACAAUCCCCAAACAGUAUGUCAACCGAGAAGAACAGAUCACCCUCCAUUUGGAGUGUCGGGGGAGUGCCAAUAAGCAUUGUCAGGGAGCAGCUGUGGUAACAGUUCAGUUUGAAGGCAAGCAUAAGAACGAAGCCGUAAGCCAGCAGCUUCACAUUUUACGCAAAGAAGUGAAACAGCUGCAAGCAGAAACUGCGAAACCGCCUUCGCUGAACGUGGUGGAAGCUGCCGUGCAUGCCGAGAACCUGAUUACAGCCUUAGUGAAUGCCUACAAGCUGCAUCCUACGCCUGGUAUUCAGGAAGUCGGCAUCAGCCUCUUCUUUGCCGUAGUGGAGUAUGUGUGUGAUGAGACCCAACGCCAUCCUCCCACAAGGCAGUUCUUUACCUCAUGCAUUGAGAUCUUGGGCCAGGUGUUUAUCAGUGGCACCAAGUCGGAAUGCAACAGGGUCCUCGAAACUAUUCUGAAGAAUAGAAGACUCUGCACUCUGCUGUCUCCCUACUUCACACCAAUUGCUGCACCAGCAGAGUUCAUCAACUUGUAUGAAAAAGUGGUGAAGUGUCUAAGCGAAGACAACAGCGAUGUGAUUUUCAUGCUACUAACCAAGUUUGACGUCAAGCAGUGGUUAAACUCCACUAAGCCUCCUCUGUGUGAUCGCACUAAGCUCCUGGAGUACAUUCACCUGGCUCUUACUGCCUGGGGCCUGGAGCCAGAGGAAGACAUUUUGAUGCCAUUUAAUAUUUUCUGUAAGCACUGGACAUACCUCCUCCUCUACCAGUUUCCUGACCAGUACAGUGAUAUUCUAAGACUGCUAAUGCAAAGUUCCGCCGAGCAACUGCUAAGUCCUGAGUGUUGGCGAGCGACUCUUAGAGCUCUGGGCUGCUACUCCGUGGAGAGUAAGGAGGACGGCUACCAGAGAGCUUCAGGGGAGAGCACGGCGCUUCAGAGCACUCCUGAGGUUCUCUUGUCAGAUGAACAGGUAAUGGAGACGAUUCAGUGGCUUUCAGAUUUUUUCUUGAAAUUGCGGUUAUCCAAGUUGGACUUUAAAAGCUUUGGGCUGUUCUCCAAAUGGAGCCCCUACAUGGAGGGGGUGAGGAAGUUAUUGAAGUAUCUCGUAAAAAGGCUGAUCAACUCUGAAGUUCCUCGCUUGGCACAAGAUCCAGUUGGCAAAAGCAGAACUUUGCCAGUGUUGAGAUCGCUGCAUUCAAUGAUUAUUAAUCUCUUUACACCAUGGAUCCUGGUUUUAGAAGAUAACGAUGCCAGUCACCAGCGCUGCUACCCCUGGUUGGAGAGCGAUGCCGUGGUGGCCUUGAGCAUGGUGCAGUUGUUCACUGGCUGUAUCGAGGCUCUGCACCAAAGCUUUCAAGAUAAACUUUCACCAGGUGACCAAGGAGUCCUUCGGUUCCAUUUGAUGCAUUACUGUGAGACAUGCACAGCCCCCCAAAUGCCAGAGUUCAUUCUGUACGCUUUCCAUAGUGAAUACAGGAAACUUCCGUGGAGAAAGCUACAACCAGACCAGAUGCUUAUGGAAGCGUUCUUUAAAGUGGAAAGGGGCAGUCCUAAGAGCUGCUUCUUAUUCCUGGGCUCCAUUUUAUGCCACAUCAGUUGGGUUAACGUACUGUCCGAUGCCUGGAAUCCCACUCCUCGCCCAGAAACACGCCAUCUGAUCGUCUGUCUUCUUUUUAUGAUGAUCUUAUUAGCAAAGGAAGAUCAGCUAGUGAGCCAAGAAGAGUCCCCCCUGCUCAACCUCCUUGGCCAGGCAAGCUCCGUUUCCUGGCAUCUUGUGGAUGUUGUGUCGUACCAAAGUGUCCUCAGUUAUUUCAGCAGCCACUAUCCACCUUCUAUCAUCUUGGCAAAGGAAUCUUCCUCGGAAUUGAUAAUGAAGCUCUUAAAAGCAUCGGCAGGCUUCAGCGUCUCUUCCGAUGGCCAAGCACAUCUGGAUGCCACUCCGAAAUGUCAAGCAUUCCUCCACCAGGUGGUUCAGUUCCUCAGCACUCUGGAACAAAAUGGGAAAAUCACUUUUGCCCAACUAGAGCAAGAGAUGUCAAAGCUCUUGGAUGACAUCGUGGUCUUUAACCCACCCGACACGGAAAGCCAGACCCGCCACAUGGCUCUCAGCAGCCUCUUCAUGGAAGUCCUAAUGAUGAUGAACAAUGCCAGCAUUCCGACGGCCGAGUUUCUGCGGGGUAGCGUGCGGAGUUGGAUCGCCAGGAAGGUGCAUGGUCCGCUGGUGCUGCCUCUGCUCACGGCCGCCUGCCAGAGCCUGGCGUCCGUCAGACACAUGGCCGAGACCACCGAAGCCUGCAUCACCGCUUACUUCGAGGACGACUCCCUCAACUCUAAGUUGGGAUGGGGUCCCAUCCUGGUGUCCCUUCAACUUCCCGAACUAACCAUCGAGGAAUUUCUGCAAGAAUGCUUGUCUCUCGGAAGUUAUCUGACCCUUUACGUCUACACGUUGCAACGUUUAAACAGUGAGCAGACUCUAACCAAUGAGAUGAAAGUAUUGUUAACCUUAGGCAGAUGGCUGGAACAAGUGUAUCCAAGCUCCGCGAAAGAGGAAGCGAAGCUAUUUCUGUGGUGGCACCAAGCUCUGCAGUUAUCCCUGAUCCAGACAGAGCAGAACGAUUCAGUCUUGAUGGAGUCCGUCAUUCGCAACCUGCUUCUGCUGCAGACCAGGCUGAACCAGGUGGCCGAGGAGAGGCUGAGCUCCGGAAUCUUAGGUGCAAUCGGAUUAGGCAGGAAAUCUCCCUUGUCCAACAGGUUCCGUGUGGUCGCUCGGGGUCUGGCUGCUUUCCUCUCAGUACAAGUUCCCACAGAGGAUCAGAUUCGUCUGAAACCUGGCACUGAAUUACAUUUAUCCCAGAAAUCUCAGCAGGCACUGAAUGCACUUGAAGCUAUGACCUCAAGCAAGCCGUACUUGGAGUAUCAGGAUCAGAUCUCUCAGGCCUCCCAGUUUAUCAAGCACCCCGGUCAUUGCCUCCGAGAUGGGAGAAACUUCUUUGCUCUUCUCCUUAAUUCUCUCUACCCGGAAGUGCAUUAUUUGGAUAUUAUACGAUAGCAGCGUCAAAGCCCCCAGGACUUGGUGCCCUACCUUGGAACUCCUGAAGUUUACAUUUGACGUGAUUGUUGCACAAGAAACUUGGAUUGUCCAAGUUCCCCUUCAGAACUGAGAGCAGGCCAUGAAGGAAGGGUGGAAAGAGAGAGUGGAUUCUGGACAGCUGUGCCGUGUGCAUGUAUGUGUGUGUGUGUGUGUGUGUUCACAUGUGCACACAUGCCUCAGAGAGAGAGAGAGAGUGUGUUCCUCUGUGGAAACUCAGAGAACUAUUUAAUUUUUUUCUGGUAAAACCAGAUUGACUCACCGAAGUAGUGUCAUGGAACGAAGCCAGAGGGCGUAGCAGUCUGAGCCAAAAAAAUCUCUCAAGAAUUUAGGAGAGGCCACUUAAUAUCUCCUGUUUUUUUCCUUCUAUUUGGACAUGGAUAUUCCCUUGCUAGAACCAACCUCCACCGCAGUAGAAUGUCAUGCCUAUACAAUAGCACUUAAGUCCUCGACUGUUCGCUUCCAAACUGUCACCCACCGCGUCGGCCCCCCAGAUUGGAAAUGGAUAACAGAAGUGACAGAUCUACCCCGGACAUCCGGCUGCCACCCUUUGGUGGAAUGGCCCUUCGCCGUUCACACCGAAGAGAAGUCAUGUUAGUUGUUGGCUCCAUUUUGCAUCCACAUACUGAGAAUGUACCCUCAGCAAGGAAGAAGUCGAAUUUGACUGUGAAAGGAUUUGCCUUGUAACUCACCAUCAGUCCCUGCUUCCCGUAGACUUGAAGGACAUUGCCUCUUCGCUGUUUCUGUGCAUUAAAUCAUUGGGGGAAACCAAA